CUAUCCUGAGGUAACUCCUAGCAGCAUUAUAUCUUACAGCAGCAGCCUGUGUCAGAAAAGCAACUGCUACAGAGGAAAGAAGAUGGAAAUCAUUUUGGCUCUCCUGUUUACAGUGGUUCUAGGUUUGGUUGUCAAGCAUAUUUUCUUUCCAUUCAAAAACAUCAACGAGCCGCCUUGUAUCCAUGGCUGCAUCCCUUGGUUCGGAGCUGCCUUCAAAUUUGGGAAAGCUCCCCUUAAAUUCAUCAAACAAGCCGGACUCAAGUAUGGACCAGUAUUCACAGUGUAUAUGCUGGGAAAACGAUACACAUUUGUAACUGAUGAAGAAGGUUUUCAAGCAUUUUGUAUAUCUAAAGAUGUGGAUUUUGCGCAGGCAGUGCAACAGUCUGUCCAGCAUACAGCUUCAAUUCCUGAAGAAAUAUUUUACAAGAAUAGGAGCAGGUUAUAUAUCAUGAUGAAGGGAAGACUGAGUACAUCUAAUCUGCAGCAUAUGCCUAGGAGUCUCUGUCAGGAACUUCAGAGAAACAUGGAGGGCUUGGGUCACGAGGGAACUGAGGAGCUCAGAGAUCUUGUAAGGCACAUCAUGUUCCCAUCAACAGUGAACACCCUGUUUGGAAAAGACAUAUUUUUGACCACCAGGGAUAAUGUCAAGGAGUUUGAAGAGCACUAUCAGAACUUUGAUGAUGAUUUUGAAUAUGCUACCCAACUUCCAAAAUAUUUUUUGAAAAAAUGGUCUAAAUCAAAGAAGUGGCUCCUAAAAAGUUUUGAAAAAGUUGUCUUGCAUGCAGAGGAAACUAAUCCUUCAGAUGACAGUUCUAAGACACUUUGGCAACAUGUCCUAGACACUUUGCAAGGAAAGACCUUCAGUGCUAAUUAUGGCCUCUUACUCCUUUGGGCAUCUCAAGCUAAUACAAUUCCUGUUUCAUUCUGGACACUAGCAUUUAUUCUAUCUCAACCUUCUGUUUACAAAGAAGUCAUGGAUGAACUAGAACCGGUUUAUAGAAAAUCAGGUAAAGAAAACAUCCAGUUAUCUGAAGAUGACCUAAAAAAGUUGCCAUUUAUCAAGUGGUGUAUUUUGGAAACAAUACGAUUAAGGGCACCAGGUGCCAUCAUCAAGAAAGUGAUCGCUCCAAUGACAAUUCAAAAUUUUGUUAUCCCUGCUGGUGACCUGCUGGUCUUGUCUCCAUAUUGGAUUCAUAGAAACCCCAAAUAUUUUCCUGAGCCCAAUACUUUUAAACCAGAUCGUUGGAAAGAAGCAAAUUUAGAGAAAAAUGUUUCCUUGGAAGGUUUUGUGGCAUUUGGAGCAGGAGGACACCAGUGUCCAGGAAGAUGGUUUGCUAUCAUGGAGAUUCAAAUUCUAGUAGCUAUGUUGCUUUGCAAAUAUGAAUGCCAUCUUUUGGAUCCACUACCAAAGGAGGUAACAUAUUCAUAAUGAAAAUUAAAGUUCAUAAGCCUUCUCCACUUGGUGGGGACACAGCAGCCUGAGGGACCAUGCCGAAUUCAGUAUAAGCUGAGAAUAUGAAGCUGAGCAUUGGUGCCCAUCCCGAUUCCUUAACUGUCAGACUGAGAAUCAGAAUUGGAAGGGACCCCAGGGGCAUCUAGCCCAAACCCCGCAAUGCCGGAUGGAUCGGCUCCAUACCUUUUUUUAAAAAAAAAAAUUAAAUAAUUUUUAUUAAGUUUCAUAUUACCAAAUUAAACACAUCAAAUCAAUUAAUCCAAAUUAUAACAAUACAUAUCAUGUAAUCCAAUUGUUUUCCAAAUUAAAAUUUUUUGUGGGGGAUACCCAUGCUUCUCGAUCGGCAAGAUUCCAAUCCUCGAAUAUUUGUGCUGCUUUCAUCUUAAGAAUUAUAUUUCCAGUCCCGUCUUCUCAAUCCUUGUCAUUCCUCAUUUUCCUUUUCAUUCACCUCCGAGUUGCUCCGCAAGUGGGUUGGGGAAAAAACAAUCUUAUUUGUGUUUCUGUGUGGGCUUUGUACUGCUCUCUCGUAAACCACUCUCAUCCAAUAAUCCAGGCAUUUCCACUUGAGCAAGCAAUCGCCAUUUUGUCAUUCCGAUGAAAUACAGUCUAAAAGCUCGCUCUUUAACUUUCCCCACCUGUUGCAUCGUAAAUUAGUCUUUUUCCAGGAGGGCUGCCCCUUCCAGAUCACAAUCUCCUUGUAAGUAAUAAAUCUUCGGCUCGCCCUCCCCAAGACCAAACCUCUGCAACACAGGUCUCGUAUCAAAUCUCCAUUCUUACUGCGUCACAAGAGAGCCCUUCUUCUUUCCAAAUCCUUCACAGAGUAAAACCUUUAAGUUCAAAUUAUUCCCCCACAAUUCAUAUUUAGUCCCAUUUGCAAUUAGUUACUGUGACGGAUCUUCUAAGAGAGAGGGUUAUUAGUUAAUCACAUAGAGCAAAAAUAAUAAAAAGUCAUUCCCCCCCCUUUCAGUUCCGUCGCAUUCCAUUCCACAUACCAUGUCUGUUGUACUUUGAUGUAAUCUUCCAUCUCAGUCUUCUUCAUUUCAG